UAAAUUUGUAAGUAGAAUAUUAUUCGAAUGGGAUAAGGGCUUGGCGAAGAUUGUGUCACAGAUUAUCUGACUAUCUGGAUUUGAGAUGUUUGUCGCAGCACCGAUCAUCUGUCUUCAUUUUUCACUGGUUUCACUGGGUCGGAUAGUCAACAUAACCUCAAAUCUUGCGAUGGAAGUUCGACUGAAGACCGCGUUAAAAAAUUAUUACAUUCAAUUGGAAACGACUGAACGAAAGUUAAAAGAAGUUUUGGAAAAUCUGGAAAAUCCAGUGCAAACCUUGAUAAAUCUAUCAAAGCAAUAUCAUCAUGUGACGAGCAAAGAUGUCGAUAACGCAGAAAUCUGCGACAUUAACGAUUUACGGGAUAGACUCGUAUUCAAAAUACGCAAUGACAUUGAAUUGGAAGUUGCGGCUAUUGCCAAUAAAGUGGGGCAAUUGAGAAAUUGCGCGGAGGACUUGCAUCGAAAAUUUAAUCACUUGGAAAGCGUUCGAAGCGAAGCAAUACUCAGCGAGCCAAAUUUCAAUGAGCUCGUUGAUGGAACUCCUUAUAUACCCAGAUUAAAUUUACUUAUGCAAUGGUCCAUCGAAUCUUACACUCUCGUCAGCGAAUUUUGUGAGCGUGUAUCAACGAAUUUCAAAGAUGUCGAUUACUUGGAUCCAGAAAAGGUUGAAAAGUGGGCAAAAUAUAUGAAUCGUGAAUCUGAUGAUCGAGGUCGCGUGAAAGAAAUUUUGGGCUUCACCGUAUUUCUCAUCGAAGGACCCGUCUAAUAAUUGUAAUCUAAUUUUUUGUAACAAAUAAACUGUUUAUAAUAACAACA